AUGACGAUAACAGUUUCAUUUGACAUACACGGCAAUGUUACGGCUGCUGAUGGGACUCGACCCAUACAUUUGGCUUGUUUUUAUGAACGUCAUCGCAAAGUAAUAGGAAUUAAUAGUACACUUACCUAUGACGGAAUAAUUCGUACAUUGGUACAAGCUAAUGCAAAUACUGAUGCUGACGCUCUCGAGAGCGCACAUGACGAAGUCUACAUGAAGUAUAUUGAAAAACUGUUUAAGGACCCUACUAAAUUAAUAAAUCAUUGCGAUAAUGAUGGUGUACCAGCAACUCAUUAUCUAUUCCAUCCCAAACAAUAUGGAAAUUGUCGAUAUUUUGGACCUGAGACAUUCCAUAUAAUCAACCCUCGAACAUCGAAAUUUAUUUAUAAUUUAAUUCUUUAUGGGGCUGACAUUUAUGCACUUAUAAACAACGACCCAGCAACAUUUUUACCCAAUCUAACAGCUUACAAAAGUUGCUCAGGUCUACUAAAGGCCAUUUUACCUUAUUACACUGAUAUGUCCUUAUCUAGGGUUUUAUACUACGCCACGCUUCCCAUCGAUGAAAAUUCUGAUGACUUAUAUCGUCCCCAUCCAACCGACUAUGUUGAGCGAAGUCGUUAUCUGGCAAAAAUUAGAAUAAGGCGUCAAGAGUCUAUACAGGUCGCUAUAGAAGAUCUGGUCCUUAGGCGUUCACUCAGAUUAUUUGUACCGGAUGAAGAAAUGAAAUUAAUGGAUAAAUUAAUCGCCACUGACGAAAAUAUCAGAAGGAUUGUAAAUGACUACAAAAUAAAUUUCAUUGAGAAAGAAUUGAAGAAUGUAUUUAUCAAGCUCAGUGGUAAAGAAUUGACAAUUCAUGAUCUUUUAAUGCAAAUUUAUGACAAUAAAAAAUUAAUGAUAUUGGCGCGAGACAAGAGUUUCCAGAGAGUUUGGUCCGAAAGUACCUACUUGAUCCGCCAUUGGGAUUUUAAACUCCUUUAUAUGUCAAGUAAAUUAAGGAUAAAUAGAUUUAACGUAAGAGAAGCUAUACCAUUACCGUACGAAUUAAUAUUAGAUAUUGUUGAGUAUCUAAACAACGAAGAAUUGGACAUAUUUAUUAGUGCUUUUUAUAAUUCAUACUUACUUACUUACUGA